AUGCGAAAUCUUGAGAACGAGUAUAUAAAAAGUUUGCAACAGCAAAUUUAUUUGUUGGAGCUGGAAAAUAACUAUGUCCGACAGCAGGCUGCUAAUGCCGUGGAUAUGCAACCAGCCAUGAUAGAAGAGGCUUCAAAAACGUUAACGAAGAUCAAGGAUCUUCAAAAUCGUACAGAUUCCUUGGAGCUGGAGUUGUAUCGUAAGGAAGCGCACAUUGGCAUCCUGGAACAAAAGCAUAACCGAAUUGAUCAACAGUUGAAAGACAACUUGCUGAACCACGACAAAGAGACAGAUGAGCUCAAACGACAGUUGAUCACCUUACGUGGAGAGCGUGAAAUUGCGCUGAGAGAUAGUCUGCAAAAGGAUGCCCAACUGACGGAGCUCAGAAAUGAUCUGGCUCGACAAAAAUCGAGUUUAGCCGCGGCAGAAAUACAACUGGACCUGUUGCGUGCAAAGGCCAGGUUAGAACGGAUGCAAAGACAAUUGAGUGAUUGCUUCUUAACGGCCGAGAACGAUCGAUUCGUUCGUGAUAAACAAGCAGCAAAUGUGGACAAUCUGAUUCAAGAAAAUGCAAGACUAACAGCCGACUUGAUUGCUCUUCAACGUCAAGCAGAUGAUCUAGAAAAACAAGAACGUGCUUAUGAUCACCUGCUGGCUAGACCAAGCAAUCAACCACAACCACCAGUGGCACAAGUGGCUCAAUUACGAGAGGAUAAAUCAAAUCUGAUGAACUAUAUCAGCAACAUGCAACAGGAGCUGACAAGACAAGCAACCAAGCUUGAUGAAUUACAAAAAAGACAACAACAAAUGCAGGAACAAAAGCAACAACAGCAGCAGAAAAAACAACAUAAUCAUGAGAAGCAACAACAAAAUCCGUUGGAAGGACAGUAUCAACCUUAUCAGCCACGACAGCAACAAAUGUAUCAAGAACACCCAAGACAAGAUCAGUAUCAGCCGCAGCCACAGCAGCAACAGUCACCAUACCCACUGCAACAACCGCAACAAAAUGAUCAACAUCAGCCNCAUCAGCCACAACCACUUUACCCAUUACAGCAAACGCCGAGACAAGACCAGCAGUCGCUACAACAUCAGCAACAACCGGCAUACGCACUACAACAAACGCCGAGACAAGACCAGCAGCAACAACAACCAUACCCACUGCCACAAACACAACAACAGAACCCGUACGGACCACAACAGCAAACACAACAAACACCAUAUCCGCAACAACAGGCACGGCCGGAUCAUUACCAAGCACAACAAUACCAACAAUAUCAGAGACCUUCUAGUCCAAUUAUACCACUCAAAUCGCCAUUACCGAGCCCAAGACAACAAAGAUACGGAUUGCAAUCUCCCGAAAGAUCACCUACUGAAACACGACAGGCAUCCAGUCCAGUUCAGUUCCGGGCACAUACAUUGGACCACAACAGUACCCAGCCGAGAACAUCAUCUCCUGUGGUGAGGCGAGGAUUACAAUUUGAUUGA